CUGGUUUAUUGACCUGCCAGGACCUAGCUCAGCAUGCCUAGUCACACUGUAUCUCUGCUCACUCCCCAGGAAUAAGGUAACAGAAAUCACCAGCACGCACCAUGGGCACUGACGAUCUGGGGAACAAUGAGGAAGAAGAGGAGGACCCCGAGCUGUCAGACAGGGGGGCAAGGAAUGGGAUCCCAACACUAGAGGACAUGAAGGGCACCUGGUGUGACAAUGAGAGCCACCAGCCGGCUGACAUCAUGGAAGAAGGGGACAACCCCUUUACUCCUGACUGUCCCCAAACAGGGGACCACCAAGAGAGGAGCUGCUGUGUCCGACUGAUAGUGACCGAUGAACAGACUGGUAAGACACGUGUACACAGAGAGGGGAGGGAAAUGUAACUCAGAGCCAGUUUAUGUCUAUUAAUAAAUGCACAUAAUGUUAUUUAUUGAGUGUAAAACCUGGGCUCCCUCGCUAGUAUCCAUGCUACAAUGACACACGAGGCACACCACACACAGGGUUAACUGCACCAGUUACAAAGGGAUUCCUUAGCAAAGAAGAAGACAGGUAACCUAGUAACAGAAUGAAAUCCUGCCAGUGUUCUACUGAAAACUGAUACACUUACAUAAAAAAAAAAAAACAACAUUUAAAAAACAAACAAUAGUUUAUGUACGUUUUAUAAGAAACAAAAAAACCACAGUGCUAUGCAAUCAGUUAAACAUGUCUCCCUUUCAUUCUGAAAGAAAGCUAUUGUUAUAAUAGUUAUAUAAUUAAAAGCCUACAGUUACAUAAUUAAUGAGACAAAAGACAAAGGGGUGCAUUCCCUAAACAUUGAACUGAAUUGUCAUGCCAAAAGCAUGAGUUGGUGUUUUAUGUGUGUUGAGAUAUGUUAAGAGUUGUUUUUUUGUAAACCUUGGGAUGACAUUUAUUGUGGUCUUUGAUCUUGCACCAGAGCUGGACACAAGGAAUUGCAUAGAGUGGGCAAUAAACUGCCAGACCAACCCCCUCUGAUCCCCAGGGGUCUGCCCACUGAGAAAAAACUAGUUUAGAUAUAUAAUGAGGGUGCUGGGUUAUCCAGAGAGUUUUUCAUUUUUCUUUGGUCAGCAACUUUUAGGAGACCUAUACCAUCUAAGUCUCCCACAAGAAUUCUGUAUGGGGUAAAUAUAUGUAAGGAAUUUCUUGUGUUUUCUCCUAUUUUAUUUUAUGUACUGUUUUGCAAUUUGUUAUCUGUAUGUCAUUUAUUUCUGUAUUUUGUACUCAGCACUGUGAAUCUUUUUUGUCAGAUUAAAUGUUUACUUAAAGGACCUCUAUAGGCUUGAUGAAGUGGUCUGGGUGCCUGGUCCAGCCAGGGUUAACCCAUAGAAAGCAGAGAAACUGCUAUGUUUAUAAUAGGGUUAAUCCAGCCUCUGGAGCCUCUGGAGCCUCUGGAGCCUCUAGUGGCUGUCUCAUUGACAGCCGCUAGAGGCGCUUGCGUGCUUCUCACUGUGAAAAUCACAGUGAGAAGACUCCAGCGUCCAUAAGAAAGCACUGUAAAUGCUUUCCUAUGAACUGGCCUAUGAACUCCUGCCGCGCAUGUGCAUUCAGCCGAUGACGUUGCUAUGGAGGAGGAGAGCUCCCCGCCUGGCGCUGGAGAAAGGUAAGAUUUUAACCCCUUCCUCUCCCCAGAGCCCGGCGGGAGGGGGUCCCCGAGGGUGGGGGCACCCUCAGGGCACUAUAGUACCAGGAAAACGAGUAUGUUUUCCUGGCACUAUAGUGGUCCUUUAAUCAGCUUGUGUCUCUGUUCUCUAUGAGCUUCACUCUCCAGAGGAAGGCUCAGGUAACCAUGUUACCAAAAAGGGUUAAUUAUAUGUGUUUGAUCAGUAAAAGUAGAACUGUGAUUCUAUAAUUCACCUGUGUGUGGGGUAACCUAAGACGCCCGGGUUUAAAGUCUUGGUGGUGGCAGUAAAGGGGGUUAGUGUAGAAGGGUUUGCAGGUUAAUUGAGUGGUGCUGGGACUAGCAACAGGUAACUAGGGGUCUGGUGUCAUUAACCCUGUCACUUCCACACUCUCCCCACUGUCUCGGCUGGGCCUAUAGCCCACGCUCGUGACAUGAAUGAAUGUCGGCAACAGAGUAAAACUGUUUUAGAUAAUUAAGCAAGGUAAUUAUUUAUUUAUAACUCAGCCACAAGUCAUUGUUUAGUGUUUUUGUGUUUAGUGGGUAAAACCACCUGAUCCAGUGGUGGUUGAACCCGGUACAACAGGUAUUUGUGAACCAAAUUUCCCAGGAUUCACUGUAAUUUAUCAGUGUAAUAAAUAAGAUGGUUUAGUAAUUAGGCCUGUCUGAGUUAUCAGAGUGCUUUUGUGCAGAUGUUUUUGUGAAAAAUGCCUGACAGAACUGUGCAAAUAAAAAAAAUUCAAAUAUAUAUAUUUUUUUCAAAUAUUAACUAUUAAAAGUCAUCCGAUUUGUUAAAGGAAACCGCUAGUGUUAGCAAUAGAAAGCUGCAUUCCUAACACUAAGGGGUCUUUCUCUCCCUACCCCCCCCCCCAGUGACAGGUAAAGGGUUAAAAAAAUCCUUUAUGCGCUUACCUGAUUCCAGUGCCAAUGUCCCUCGCCGCUGGGUCGGGCUCCCCCUCUACUGACGGUAGUCAAUUGGAAGGUCCUAAUGCACAUGCACAGAAAGUGCCAAACCCCUAUGGGGUUUUAGAAGACGCAGGGCAAGAUGUCCAGCGGCAUUUCAGAACUCUGUAAAAGGCCAGGAAACGCCUCUAGUGGCUGUAUUAACUUUGCAAUGUAAACACUACAGUUUCUCUAAAACGGCAAUGUUUUACAUUGCAGGAUUAAGGGGACAGGGACAGUCCACCCAGACCACUUAAAUGACAUGACGUAAUCUGGGUGCCUAUAGUGUCACUUUAUUGUAUAUUUCAUGGUUAUUCUGACUCUGCCCGUCACCCGUCCGAGGUCAAUGAAACAAACAUCAACGACAUAGAUCUAAUAAUAACAUUUACACCACAGACUGUAAUUGAAAGCUGUAUAGAUCUAAAAGUAACAUUUGUGGUAUAGCAGAGCAGUGUGGGAGAACCACUAAUAGCUGCUGUGACAAGAAACCUGUAAUUUUACUCAUCUUAACUUUCAUACAUUGGGAUUAUUUACUAAACCGUGAUCUGUGGAAAUGUACAAAGAAAUUUCAAAUUCUAGGACAAAAUAGGAAAAUCCCCCAAAUUCUCCAAUUCAGCUUUUUUUUCUACGAUUGAUCCUUUAGUGAGUUAUUCUUUUUGAAGGGAAGUAUUUGUGUACUAAGCACUUUUGAUGUUGCCGAGCACAUUGGACAGUAACAUACAAUAUUUUUUGCUUGUUCAGCUUGUAAUUAAUUAUUGUGAAUCAUGUAAUAAGUAGAAAACCACAAUUUAGACAAAGCCAAACUAUAGUCACAAGAAACAAUUUAUUAUAAUUGUUCUGGUGAGUAUAGUCAGUCCCUUUAGGCUUUUUGCUGUAAACACUGCCUUUUCUGAGAAAAGGCAGUUUUUACAUUGCAGCCUAGGAACACCUCUAGUGGCCACUCCUAAGGUCAGUGCUGCACAGUGUGCAGUACUGACGUUCAGGGUCUCCACGCUCUACAUGGAGUACACGUUUGUGUUCCUGACCCUAUAAUGUUCCUUUAAUUUUAUAAUAAACAUUUUAUAAUAAUACUACAAGAACUAGAAGACAAUAAUAAUAAAGUAGUACAAGUGCAGAAUAUAGUUUAAUGGAAGGCACACUUUAGUGUUUAGAAUAUAAACCCAGAUUCAUAACUCUAUAGUAUCCUAGUUGCAGGUCAGUUCCUGCCUAGCCCACUGAAAAAGGUCCAAACUUACUUUUCUCCAGUACCAAGACUCCCUUGUUGCUGACGGCCGCUCCGCCUCCAGUGACUUCAUCUGACUCUCUCGCUGAUAGCCAAUCCAAUGCUCUUCAUAGAAGCGUAUUGGGGACUGACACUCAUGUACGUCAUGCGCAGCAUGCGUAUCCAAAUGCUUCUCAUAGGACUACAUUGAAUUCAAUGCUUUCCUAUGAUCCACAACAUUUUACUUGUUUGUUGCUCAGAGAGCCACUAGAGGUGUGUUUAACCCUUUAAUUUAAAAAAAGCAGUUUUUACUAAACUAAAAUGUUUUACAUUACAGGGUUAAAAUGACAGGACCACUGCUCACAGACAAGUUUAAUAUUGUACUAUGAGGCAGAAGCCUACAAUCUUUUCUAUAGUUGUGGAGAUGGGGGCAAUUACCACCCCCCCCCCCCCUUUCCAGCUCUGUCCCGUUACUAAGUAUAGUAAACACAUCUGUGAAGUUCUGAUAUGAUCAAAAUGUGCUGCUAUGGAACAUGUUGGUGCCAUAUUUAAUAAUUGAAUGCAGUACCAUUUUAAAUAGGUGAGGAGUUAUCAAUGUCUGGACUCCUUACGCAGCUAAUACCAUGAUAAUCUGGAAAGUAAAAGCCUGCAGGCAGUAAGGUAUUAGCAGGAAAUAAUUCAAUUAUCAGAAUGACUUUGCACGAAUGGUUCUGUUGCAAUAGCAAUGAGGUAAGGCACAUGGAGACUACUGAAAGGGUGACUGAGAUGUUCCACAAACUAAGUUUAUUGUGUUCUGCAAAGCCACUGGACAUUCUAAUAGACAUGCCUGCAGUUCCGUUUCUGCAGGGACUGUCAGUAAUCAAUGGUUAUUAGCCAAUACUUUAACUACUAUUUUAGGUAAUAUUUUUAUGUUGAACCAAUGAAGUUGUAAAUCUGCAUUGCAGAAACAUCCUGUUGAUGUAAUGUUGUGCAAAACAUGUUAGGUCAUCUACUGACUCGUAGGCACAUGGUAUAUGUUCCUGGAAAUAUUUUUUAUAAAUAUUCAAAUAUCUCAACUUAGAAAUUAAAAGGAGCAGUAAACUUUUUUUUUAACAGAUUGAUAUAUUUGAAUAGUCUUAGUUAUGGCCAUUUCGUAUCGAAAAUGGAAUGGCAACUAAGGAAAUUAAAACUAUCUUAUUAUACGCAAGGGAAUAGCGCAGGAAGAAUGUUAGCGAAUCAAUUAAAAACUAAGUAUUUACAGUCAAAAUUACCCUAUAUGUCAAUGUCAGAUAAUAACAAUGUCAAAUUAUAUAACCCUCAGGAUAUAGUCGAGGAGUUAGCGUUUUUUUACGCUAAGCUAUAUAACCUACAGUCUGAUAUUAACACAUAUCAACCCUCUAGAGUAGAAAUACAAAAUUAUCUGAAAGAAGUAAAUCUUCCGUGCAUUACGCCAGAGCAAGGUUUAUCCCUGAAUGCACAGAAGAGGCGGUUAGAGAAGCAAUUCGAAAACUUCCUAACCAUAAGGCACCGGGCCCAGAUGGGUUUCCAAAUAAUUAUUAUAUAGUUUUUGAGGCCCAACUGGUCCCGCACCUUACCAAACUUUUCAAUUAUUUUAAAAAUUCAGGUACAAUACCCAAAGAGAUGUUAGUAGCCCAUAUAAUUACGAUACCAAAACCAGGCAAAUCACCAACACUAUGUGCAAAUUUAAGACCCAUUUCAUUAUUAAAUUCUGAUACAAAAUUAUAUGCUAAAUUACUGGCAGCACGCCUAAAACCGUUAAUAGUGGAUCUGGUUUCACCAGAACAAGCGGGAUUCAUCCGUAAUAGACAACCAGGAGACAACACAUGCCACUGCUUAAAUUUAAUUACUUGGGCACAUCUUAGUAACCAACAGGGUUUAUUGCUGGCACUCGACUCUGAAAAAGCGUUUGACCGCUUGAAUUGGCAAUACAUGGAAGAAGUAUUUUUGAGCAUGGGUUUCCCUUUAGCAUUUCUUCAAAGUAUUUUAGUUCUUUACUCUCGACCAGCAGCGCAAAAAAGCAAUUCUGGUUUUCUUUCCCGUCUGUUGUAUAUAACUAAUGGCUCCAGACAGGGAUGCCCUCUUACACCAUUAAUCUUUAUUUUGUGUAUGGAGCCCUUAAUAAGACAUGUUAAAAACAAUAAAGGGAUAGAGGGACUGAAUACCCCUACGGGUGUCUCAAAAAUAGUUCUUUAUGCGGAUGAUGUUUUGCUUUUUUUAACUAAUCCAGAUUUAUCAAUUCCAAUUUUAUUAAAGACACUGCAAAGAUUUGGAGAGAUAUCAUAAUGUAAAAUUAACCAAAAAAAAUCUCAAGCAUUGUCUAUUGGUCUUCCCACAUCUGUGGUACACGCAUAUCAAUUCCAAUUUUAUUAAAGACACUGCAAAGAUUUGGAGAGAUAUCAUACUAUAAAAAUAACCCCCAAAAAUCGCAAGCAUUGUCUAUUGGUCUUCCCACAUCUGUGGUACACGCAUUUUGACUGGCAGAAAAAGUCAAUAACAUACUUAGGAAUUAAACUUCCUUCCACACAUAAUUUAAUUAUAAAAGAGAAUCAUAUACCACUUAUAAUUAAACUAGAGCAACAAUUGAGAAAAUGGGAAGCCAAAAGCAUAUCUUGGCUGGGCCGAAUACACACUAUAAAAAUGAUGGUUUAUAUAUUCAUAUAUUUUGUACCUCUUCUGUACUCUCCCAAUUGCUAUACUGAACACAAAUUUCAAAUUUUAAUAAAAGCACACAUUUGGAAAAGGAAAGCUCCCAUAGUAAAGCAGAACUUACUGUGGCUUCCAUAUGAGAAAGGUGGCCUUGGUAUUCCGAAUGUUAAAAUGUAUUAUAAAGCAUCAAUAUUAGCACAAGGCAUAUCAGUAUUAGAACGAAUACCUUCCCCUUUGUGGUUAGCAUUAGAAAACGCUUGCAUGCAUCAAGGCACAUUACCACAAGCCUUGUGGACAGGUAAAAUAAAAAUAGGGAAGAAAAAUGAUAUGCUACCAGUUACCAAAACACUACUUCAAAUUUGGAAACAAAUUAUCCCCAAAAUUGUAGAUGAUAAGAUUUUGCUAUAUGCAGCCCCGCUACAGAUUAUUACUGCCUUCACAUCAGACUUACGAGUGGACACCUGGUUAAAUCAUGGUGUCACACAGGUUCGUUUUUUUUUUUUUUUUAUAAUACUAUAGGCAUUAAGCAAUUCCCUGAAAUACUUAAAGAUUAUUCUAUACCUCCGAGAGAGUUGUUUUCCUACCUACGCAUUAGGAAUACACUUCAUGGAUUUAAUAUAAAAAUAGAAGAAAUGAAAACACUUCCGCCUUUGAUAUACAAAUGUAUUGGGUGAAUUACCGAUUAUUAAAACUUUAUCAUUAUCUUAUAACAUUAUGAAUAUAGGGAAUGAAGCAAAACCUAUAUAUAUACAGAAAUGGGAGUUAGAUUUAGAUUUAGGUUAUUAAUUUUCUUUAUCCAAAUGGCAUCAGGCAAUAAAGCUAACCAAAAGGGCAUCAUGUAAUUUACAACACUGGGAAUCAUACUGUAAAUUGUAUAUGCGUUGGUACCUGGUGCCAACUAGGAUAGCUCAUAUAUACGCAGGGGCAUCAAAUUUAUGCUGGCACUGCCUUAAACAGGAGGGCACUCUAUAUCAUUCACCACCCCUCCCUGAUACAAUCCUUUAUAAGAACGUAAAUUACUCUUUUGAUUUGGAUCGAGUGGAAGUGAUAGUUUUCAGUGGUUUCUCUUAACUUUAAACAAAUGAAUACUGAUUAAAAAAAAAAAAAUAGAGAAAGGAAAAGAAUUUGAAAAAUAUUAUUGUAAUCAAUUGUCUUACAUGAAUUAAUGCAUACUGUUAUGUGAAUAAUAUUGUUUUUAAUAGUGUGUAAUUAUAGACUAAACUAUGUACUGUUCCCUUUUUCCCACUUCUCUCUUCUGUAUCCCAAUAUUAUAUAUAUAUAUAAAUGCAUAAAAUAUUAACAAUAAAAAAAUUAUACAUUAAAAAAAAUUAAUUAUGGCCAUUUCGUUCCAUCAUAAUGCAGAAAAAUAAGAAAAAUCUCAUCCUCUGAUAUUGUAAAACCAAAUCGAAAUUCUCUGACAUUGCCCCAAAUUAAAAACUGUCCCAAAUUACUGUUAUUGGCAGUGAAUUGGAAACGCUCCAAAAAUCAACCAGAGAGGAGAUGACAACCCAAAAUGACCUUAAGAUGAAACUAACGGACUUGGGAGUUGCUCUGAAAUGAAAAGGUUACUGCAACCAAAAAAACACCCCCAGUUUUUGGUCAUAGCAGCCCUUUACUGUCCUGAUUUCCCCCCCGUAAAAAUGGAAUAAUAAUACAGCAAAUAUUAUAUAUAGUUAUAGUGCGCUUUGACCAAGUUUUCCUGGCAGUCUGAUCCUCCUCCAGAGGGAGAGUGAUGUCAGGGAGGACAGGCUGAGGGCAGGACUUGGAGGGCAUGGAGAAAGACUCAUGCGGCCAUUGGUUGUCCUGUAUGCACAGAAUUGAAAUUAGGAAGCCUGAAAGAAAAUGGAAACAAUUCCAGUCUGCCUAAUGAUGCUUUAAUGACCCUGCUAGUGGUGAAAUUACACAUUCAAAUGGCUAUAUCUUUGGAAGUUCCCACUGUAAGGUAGUUAGAAGUAUGUGUUUUCUUUAUUUCAAUGUGUGUAUGUCAGUGUGUUAUUAGAUGUGUCUGUGUGAGUGUCUGUCUGUGUUUAUCUGUGUGUGGACUUGCCACAGUGUCCCUGGAUUUUUUUUUUUUUAAUGUUGGCGACUAUGCAUGGGACCCAGUUGUCUAUCUUCUCUGUCUACCUUUUUUUCUCUUUCUCUCCCUUUCCCCACUGUCUAUUCCUGCAGACAGCUGGUUGAAUUUGAGUGAAAUAUCCUCAGGGUUUUUUGCUUUGAGAAUUUCUCUUAAUUGCCUUAACUUCUGUUUUUCUAUGUUUGUAUUUAACAGAACGAACUUGAGAAAUGGUUAAACAAGUUGCGUUAACCUUAGAAUUCAGAGCAAAGUUGAAAUUUUAAACAAAAAGGCUAGAGGUUACAUUAUCUGUCAUCAGCCAGAACUCAAAUAUUAUUGUGCAUAUUUAAGACUAACAAUGUUUUAUUUAUAAUAAUAAAAUUGCAAUUCAUCCCAAAUAAGUGCUAUUGAAACAUUACAGAUUUUCAUGCAGCAUUACAUGUGUUUUACAACAAAACACAAAUUUAAAAGUGCAAGUAAAAAACUAUUGUUACUACAUACACUUGCAGACAAAAUGGAAAUUCUUAUCUCUGAAAAUAUACAAAAUAUAGUGCAAUAUUGCCAAAUACUAAAACCCUUUGAAAAAAACCCCACAAAAGUUUAUGUGGCAAACUAGGUGGCAAAAAAAAUCUUUUGUAUAUUGUUAUUUGUUUCAAGGAUUUAUUUUAAGUGUUUAUUAACAAUAUUUUUUUGCCCAAUACUUUUUUACUUGCAAAUGUUUAAACAUGCUUUUUAACAAAACACAGAAAGCUCAAUUAAAGGGACAGUCUAAGCACUAAAACAUCUGCAGGCCACUCUGGUGGUUAAUGUGCCUGGAGUUCUCUGGUGCUACCUCUCAGUAAGAAAACAAACUAUUUUUGAAUUGACAUUUGACCAUGUCUUGUCUGGUCCCAUGUUCCUUUCAGAUAUUGCUACACUAUGCGUUCCCAUUCUAGUUUAACAAUAGCAUUUUUUGUUUUACUUUGGGCAUCAUUCAUUGGAUGAGCGCUCCAUCUAUUGGUGGGGGUUUGGAACUGCAGCCCCACAGAUAUUGUUGCUUUAUAACUCUCAUAAUUUACUUCCAGUCAGUGACUAAAAGAGAAUUAUGGGCACGGCUGGGGCUGGGAUUGCAGUUUUACAAUUCUGAUUUAAUGAGUGGUAAUGUGCUUCCCUGGCACCAAGAUUGCACUUAUUAAUCGUACCUUAUUUACCAUGACUUUCAGACGCCCUUUUGAUAACACCCUACUUGUGCUGAUGCAAUCAUUGGAGUAAAAGUUGAAAGCUGCUGAAAGUCAAAUGCAAGCAAGUGAAAGAGUGAAAUGGGAGACUGGAAUUCAGGACUGUAAGCAAAGAUAAGAGAAGAAUGAACCCAGCCAGGAGGGUAAUAACUUGCAAAAGGCAAUAUAGAAGAAAUUUAAUAUAGCAAUCCACACAUUAAUAUUCAUUAACUUGGUGUCACCAUCUUGGCUUCCGUUCAGUUAUUGUAAUAUUCACUGUCUUUUGCACCUAUUAGUUAGCACAGAGGAGACAUGUAUAAUUUAUCAAUUAGGGACCAAAAUAAAAAAUAAACUUCUUCGGGCCACAGAGGAUUUUUAGAGGCUCACGUUCUAAGUAAAGGUAUAAUUAAUGAUUAAACUAUUUUGCAGAUACAAAUUACUUUAAAUACAUUUUUCAGGUUUUCUUACCGUUUAUGGGAUAUAUUACACUUCGUGUCAGCAAUCAGUUUUUCGUACUCUGGAAUCAUGUUUGAAAUCAAUGUAUUCAAAAUAUAUUCCCCUGUGUCUCUUUGUCUCCUCCCCCCAGCCCAUGUCUGUCUCUUUCCCCCCCUUCUCCAGACCCUCUGUGUCUCUUUGUCCCCCUUAUCCCCUUGGUGUAUCUCUUUCUCCCCAGACACUGUGUGUAUCUCUUUCUCCCCAACCCCUUUUUGUGUAACACUUUCUCCCCUUUCCAACCACUUUGUGUAUCUCUUGUGUACCCUCCAGCACCUUGUUUUUGUUUCCUCCCAGUCUUUCUGUGUCUCUUUGUGUGCCCCCAGCCCCUCUGGGUAUCUCCUCUUAGCACCUGUCUGUCUCCUUUGCCCUUUCCCUAGUCCCUGUCUGUCGCUUGUGCCCCUUCCCCAACCCCUUUGGGGACACUUUGUGUCUCCCAGCCCCUGUUUGUCUCUUGUGCCACUUCCCCAACACUUUGUCGCUUUCUCACCCCAGCCCUCUUUGUCCUCCACUCCUGCCAGCCCCUUAAGGUGUCUCCCCUCCGCCCCUGUCUUUCUUUUUUCCCCUUCCUAGGCCCUCUGUGUCUUUGCCCCCCAGCCCCUCUAUAUGUUUCUUUGUCCCCUAAGCCCCUCUGUGUAUUUCUUUCUCCCAAGACCUUUUGUGAGUCUCUUUCUCCCCUAUCCCUUUUAGUGUAUCCUUCUUCCAUUCUCAGCCCCUCCGCGUGUCUCUUCCCCCAGCACCUUGUCUUUUUCUCCCCCGAGUCCCUCUGUGUCUCUUUGUGUCUUUCAAGUUCCUCUAAAGUCUCCCCUUAGCAACCGUCUGUCUAUUUUGCCUCUUCCCUAGUCUCUCACUGUCUCUUUUGCCUUUUCCCCAACCUAUCUGUAUUGCUUUGGCCCCCAAGCCCCUUUUACCCCUCUGUAUCUGUUUGUGUCCCUGUGCUUGUUUGUCUCCCCCCACAGCCUCUCUGUGUUGGUUUGUGUCUCCACAGCCCCUCUGUAUCUGUUUGUGUCACCCAGCCCCUAUGUGUAUGUUUGUGUCACCCUUAGCCCCUGUGUUCCUGUUUGUGUCCACCCAGACCCUCUGUACCUCUUUGUGUCCACCUAGCCCCUCUGUGCCUUUUUGUCUCCCCCCCCAACCCCUCUGUCUCUGUUUGUGUCCCCCAGCCCCUCUGUACCACUUUGUCUUCCCCAGCCCUCUGUGUCUGUCUGUCUCCCUUUCCCCUCUGUGUCUGUUUGUCUCCCCCAGCCCCUUUGUGUCUGUUUUUGUCCCCGCAGCCCCACUGUGCCUGUUUGUCUCCCCCAGCCCCUAUUUUGCCUGCCCUCCACCUAGAGGUUUCUUUCUUUCCCCACCUGUGCUGGCUCACCUCCCUCUUGUAGUGUGGCAGUGCUGCGGACAGGGCCAUCUUUAACACAGGGCAGCUGUCCCACGGGCCCAGAUACUCCUGGGGGGCCACGCUGCCCUUAAUUUUUCCCCCCCAAUUGGGCCCCCGGCACUCUAAGGAGGCCCACUGGGUUGCCCAUUUACUAAGGGCCACCCGGUGGGCAUUUGUAAGCAGAGGCCUGGUCAUGCGCUUUGGCCCUUUAACAGCGCGACCGGGCCCUUUGUUUUCCUGUAGCCAGCAGGGCGGUGCGCGUCUCUCUGUUCUCUAUGGGAGGAAGUGACUUGCGGCUGUCACUUGCUCCCACAGAGAGCCUCGUGGGAGACAGCAGGGAGGCAGAGAGGAGCGGGGCUGAGCCAGGCAAGGUAGGAAACAUGUACAAAAGUGUACAUUUUGUGUGUGUAUGUAUGUCUGUCUGUCAGUGUCUUUGUGUGUCAGUAUGUCUGUCAGUGUAUGUGUCUGUGUAUGUCAGCAUGUCUGUCUCAGUGUCUGUGUGUGUGUGUCAGUAUCUGUCAGUACAUGUGUCUCUGUGUGUCAGUAUGUCUGUAAGUGUCUCUGUGUGUCAAUAUGUCUGAAUGUGUGGCAAAAUGUCUGUCAGUAUAUAUUUGUGUGUUAGUGUAUGUCUGUUUGUGUCAGCAUGUAUCUGUGAAUGUAUCAGUAUGUCUGUCAGUGAAUAUAUGUGUGUUAAAAUGUCUGACUGUGUGUGUAUGUGUCAGUAUGUCUGUCAGUGAAUAUUUAUGUGUUAGAAUGUCUGACUGUGUGUGUAUGUGUCAGUAUGUCUGUCAGUGUAUAUGUCUGUCUAGGUAUGUCUCGAAUCAUUCCACUGCGUUGGGGUCAAAGGCGUGAUUGUGGGGGAAGGAGGGUGCAGGAUCCAGGGGGCCCAAGAAAAUGCUUUGCCCAGGGUCCUAUUAAUAUUAUAGAUGCCAUGGCCGCGGACCUCCUGUAACUUCUCCUAGGUCUGACAUGAAGCAGUUCUGUGCUCUCAGUCAGCACUUGCUGUCAUACAUACCAUAGAGAGGGAACAAGAGUUCCUCUACUCUGAUCUGAGAUUUGGCCAUGCUACAUUCUGUGUGCUCCUCUCCUGAAGGUCAAAUGGAUCCUGUGCUCCCUGGGCCAGUUCGACUUAAGGCCUGUACCUCUUUAUGGUAGUGCCCACCCUGGGACCUCAUUGGUCACACAAAAUGUGAAAACAAGUCAUGUUGCAGUUUCCAUCCUGGCACAUGAAGUAUGAAAGCUGUUGGAUUGUCUGGUUCAGCGUCUCCACGCAGAGCGCAAAGAUGCUGGAUGCCAGCACUGACUCAGGAAGCACCUGUAGUGGCCAUCUGAGUGCCUGCCACUAUAGGUGUUACUAGGGGUGUUACUAGGAACCAAUGUAAACACUGCCUUUUCUCUGAAAAGGCAGCAUUUACAUUAAAAAGCUGCAGGGACACGAUAUAGACACCAUAAACACUACAUUAAGCUGCAGUGGUUCUGGUGACUAUAGUGUCCCUUUAAGCUGACACAUAUGAACUUAUUUAUUAAACUAAGCAGAAAACCAACAAGGAAAUUGCACAUUAAAGUCAAAAUAGUAAAAUUGGAAACUUUCCCCAGCUUAUCCUGUUUUUCAGAGCAGCUAUAUUAGCUUAAAAAUGUUCGCUUCCUUUUAAUGUGAGACAUAUCCAAGUAUAGUAAAUAAACUUCAUUUGUGAGUUUAUAAACAUAUGGAUUUAUUUAUAACUACCUGGAAAAGAUUGUAACAUAGUUUGAAGGAGAAAUCUUCUAGAAUAAGGAAAUAAGCAUUAUUUGCACAGUUACAUAAGAAUGUAGGCUGGGGGUGUGUGGAGGAAGUUGUAUAAGACAAGCCUGAGGCAGGCUUUUAACCUGAUGAAUCAUUAUUCUUUGGGUUCAUGUGGCUUAGAUCCAGGUUCCCUUAUCAAUGCAUCUGUAAUAACCACUUAACCUUAUUCUGCACUCAUUGCGCGGUUAUGGAUUUAGCUCAUAUUGUAAAUGAGCCAUCAGGUACCAUGUGCCUGUAAUUAUAUGACAUUUCAUUUUUAAUGGCCAAAGACACUUUGGAUGCAGUAAGUGAAUUUGAAAGGUCACAGCAGGUUCAUGCCAGUAUCUUGGACUCAGAAGAAGAGCCCCACCGUAGGUCUCCUCAUCAAUAGUAGAUAUCAUUUACUUUGGCUGAAGUAGCUGUAAGGGUUUUUGGGAGGGGGGUUGGGGCAAUUAAACAGCUGUUUACGAUAUAAAGACACAGUUUUGAAAGUGUAUUAAAAAAAUAUUUUAUUGGUUUUCAUGGCAGAGGUUAUACUCAAUUUGGUAUAGAAUUCAGGUUUCUAAGGAACUCAGGAGUCAAAUUUACCCCAAAUUGUUUUGCUAUUUAAAAACCGUUUACUGCAGGUUUUAUUGUUGGGAAACACUAAAUACACACAGCAAACAGUCUAAGCUCUUAAAAAGAGCUGGGCCUUCAGAUUAGGAUGAAGGGAUAUAGACUUUAAAGGGACGCUAUAGAGUUUAGAAUUCAAACAUGUAUCCCUUUUGCUAUAAUGUUUCAUUACCUAUUUAGGUGUUUAAAAGGUGAGUUUUAUUUACCUUUACUUCAAAAUUAAUCUCAGCCAAUCCAAUGCUUCCUCAUUGGAGAAUAUAUGCCAUGUUGCGUCAAUCAAAUGCUUUCUAUGGGCAGCAUUUGAUUAAAUAGCUGUCUGGGCCUUCUGUAUAGCUGUGGGCUCUGUCAGAAGCAAUCCUGUAUAAAAAAAGGCUUACAUUUCCCUACCAUUUUUCUUCUUAUUUCCUUAUAUCCUUUUUCUCCUUCUUCUAGAGUAUGUAACUUUGCACAUUUACCGGCUGAUUUGUCUAUGUUGUAGAAUGUUUUGAUGCUUUGUUAUUAUAUUAUAAUAGAGAUGUGUUUAACCCUGCAGCAUAAAACAUUGCCGUAUCUGAAGGGCCCAUGCACCAAGAAAGCAUCAUUGAGGUCUAGGUGACCUUAGUUUAGGGCUCGACAAAUCCCAGGCGCCAGGUCACCAUUGGCUACUAGAAAUUUUACCCUGGAGCCUGUGAUCUGUCAGCCCUUAAGUCAAGGUGGCCGCACAAGUGAGCAGUGUGUAUGUGUGUAUGCCAGUGUGUGUGUCUGUCAGAAAGUGUGUCUGUCUGUCAGUGAGUGUGUGUGUGUGUCUGUCAGUCAGAGAGUGUGUCUGUCUGUCAGUAAGUGUGUGUGUCUGUCAGAGAGUGUGUCUGUCUGUUAGUGAGAGUGUGUGUGUCUGUUUAGGUACCUGCCCUUCUCCGAUCGCAUGACAAAGGCGUUUUAGUCACCCCUUUACCACACUGUGCUGUUCCGCCAUGGCUGGUCCCGCCUCCAUGGCUGAGACGAUCAAUCUUUGUGAUCUCAAAACAAAAGCUUUAAUCGAGCCUUAAUUAGAGGGUGAACAAUCUAGUGGUAGUAGGAGAAAAUGGGGGGUAACCCCUAAUAUAUAUAUCUGAAACAGCAAAAGAAUUGGAGAUAAAACAAAAAUAAAAAAUAUGUAGUAACAAAAAACUACCAGUAGGUGUCACCAUAGGUUAGGAAAAAAAAUAAUUUGUAUCGAAAUUAAGUCUUUCUAUGUCUAUUAAUAAAACUUAACUUUUAAUAUGUUAAUACAUAAAAUAAAACAAAUGUGACAAGCAAUAUUAAAAUAGGGUCAGUAGUCACAAAUCUGUCUGUAAGAUACCAGUACAGAUCCUAUUUACAAAGUAGAGUAUAUUUAACCAAUAUCAAUCAAAUUACUGUACAAGAUAAUCAGUCAUGAGGUGUCACCCUUAGUUAUACAAAGCAGUUCUAAUUAAUACUGAGUUUAACUAAGGAUGCAAUCCUCAUAUUGUUUUGUUUAGCAGUUACAAAAGGCAGAUAGACCUAUCUCUGUGCUGUUAAUAUGGAUACAUUUCUCGCUGUGUAUUAAAUGGUUACAAAGUAGCAGUCUUUGAUUUAUAAAGUAUCUGUCAGGAUGGUUCUAAAUAGACCUGAAUCUCUUGCAUAGAAUAGUGCAGACAGAUCAGAAAAAAUGUUUCAGUGAAAGAAAAAAUGGGUUUUAUUCUAUAGAACAGACCUGCUGUAUUUCUGAGCUUCUAUUGUAUAGUUCACAUUGAAAUAAGCAACACAAGGUACUUAGAUCAGUAAGCUAAUGCUUAUCUUUUAGCUGGUCUGUAGUUCUUAUGGAAAAGAUUCUUAUCUCAUGUGCCUUCGAAGGGCACCCCUUAAUAAAAAAACCUGUCUAUUCUGUCUAUUGCCCACCACUCAAAAUUAGUAAUAAGUGAAAGUAAAUAGUCGAUCUUGGGACUGCUUGAUCCCUAAAAAAUGUUCAGGACGUCUAUACAUCAGGUCAGUAUUCUGUCAGUGCAGAUCUUGGCAAUUACCGAUUAGGUGUCCUGAGCCCCUGACGCGCGCGUUUCGCCAGGAUCGCUCAUCAAAGGGGAACUGAAGACAGGUAAGUGUCUGCUUUUUAAACGAGCAACUCAUCGAUGGUUGGCUGAGCACUUUGUCCAGCCUGCCAAUCGUGAGAGAGGAGGGUGUCCUCUUAUUUGCAAACUAUUUAACCCUUAGGUUGCUUGUCUAAUAUAUGGAAAAAAACAAAAAGUUUUAUUAAAGGACCAUACUCGUUUUCCUGGCACUAUAGUGCCCUGAGGGUGCCCGAACCCUCAGGGUCCCCAUCCCGCCCGGCUCUGGAAGGGGGAAAGGGGUAAAAACUUACCUUUUUCCAGCGCUGGGAGGAGAUCCUCCUUCUCUCCUCCCCGUCUGCUAAAUGCGCACGCGCGGCAAGAGCUGCACGCGCAUUCAGCCGGUCGCAUAGGAAAGCAUUAUCAAUGCUUUCCUAUGGACGCUGGCAUGCUCUCACUGUGAAAAUCACAGUGAAAAGCACGCAAGCGCCUCUAGCGGCUGUCAGUGAGACAGACGCUAUAGGGAAUGGGGGAAGGCUUAACCCAUUCAUAAACAUAGCAGUUUCUCUGGAGAAAAUGGGUUAACCCUAGCUGGACCUGGCACCCAGACCACUUCAUUAAGCUGAAGUGGUCUGGGUGCCUAGAGUGGUCCUUUAAUAGACAUAGAAAGACUUAAUUUCGAUAAAAAUAAAUUUUUUCCUAACCUAUGGUGACACCUACUGGUAGUUUUUUGUUACUACAUAUUUUUUAUUUUUGUUUUAUCUUCAAUUCUUUUGCUGUUUCAGAUAUAUAUUAGGGGUUACCCCCUAUUUUCUCCUACUAUCACUAGAUUGUUCACCCUCUAAUUAAGGCUCGAUUAAAGCUUUUGUUUUACGUUUAAAGGUGGCAACACCUAGGUUUUAAUACCUGUCCCCUAUGAGCUGUGUAAUUUACACUCGAAAAUACGUAUGAGUAUGGCAUCUUACUUAUCCUUAACAUCAAACUUUGAUUUUGGUUCAAAUGAAAUUAACAAUGUCUUUUCCCUAAACCCUUUGCCCAAAUCUAACCUUACAGAUAUUAAUGAGGCAUUUCUUUCAACUCAGGAUCUAUAUAAAGAACAAAUUAAAGUGUUUUGGGAAUUAACUAGCCUUAAACAAUACGUGGAGAAAAAAUUAGUACCACAGGGCCUAAGAUUUAACAUUUCUACACCAGACAAAGUGAAUACUGAGGACAAAAUAACUGGAGGGAACAACAUCCUCCUAGGUUGUUCUUUUAAACUAAUGAAGUAUCUAAUAAUAUUAGAACAAGAUCAGUUUGAAAUCACGAACCAAAAAUUAAAAGAACAAAUAACGUUAGUUAAAAAUUUCCAGCAAAAUACUGAUUUCAAACAGAUGGAAUCGAAAUUACAAGAAAAUCUUGAAGGUUUCACAAAAAAUAUCAGGGAGAAAAAACACUAUAAUUUUCAACGAGACCAUCAAGAUUUCAGUGAAGGAAAUAUUUUUAAAAUCAAGGGAUGUUCUAAAAAACGCUACAACAGUAGAAACUCCUCUAGAGCAGAUAAUACCGAUUGGUCCAGUUCAGAUUUUUCAGGCAAUAGACCCAGAGGCAGAUCCCUAACCAAGAAUACAGACAGUUCAAACUCUAAAAAUAAAGGCAUUCUGAAAAAUGUAACUGGCUAAAGGAUACUAAUCUUUUUGGACGCAAAUUGGCACUUAGCGCCCUACAUAAAAAGAAAGACGACCAAAUGGCUAAAGAGAUAGGACUCGAUCCAGAAGACAUACAACAUGUCAGCACACUACUAUCUUUAUUGGAAGAUCAAAGAUCCUCCUCUAACAGACUUGAAACCUCAAAGUUGGUAUACCCCAAUAAUUUUAUAGAGAUUAUCAACAUCGAUUUAUUUGUACAAUUAACUACAGAUAAAAUUGAACAACUAAACAUUGCACAAACACCAAGGAUUACUAACUUAUCUUUAAUUGAAAAUCAAGCCCUACAAGAACUAAGAUUGGCAAAGAAUUUAAUAAUUAAACCAUCUGAUAAAGGGGGCAAUAUUGUACUAAUGGACAAAGAAAGUUAUAUUGAUAUGUGCAUGAUCCAUCUCAGUGAUAUCUUUAAUUACAAAAAACUUCAUGGGGAUCCCACCGUACAAUACUUGCAUGAGUUAAAACAAAUGAUAAAUAAGGCCAAAGAUUAAGAAUUCAUUACUCAAGAGGAAGCUAAAUGUUUGCUAUCCAAUAAUAGACUAACAAUAGCUACUUUUUAUUGCCUCCCCAAAAUUCAUAAGGAUGCGACAAAUCCACCGGGCAGACCGAUAGUUUCAGGAAACAACUCAUUGACUGAAUAAGCGAGCAAAUUUAUGGAAAAAAUAUUACAUCCCCUGGUUAUUGAAUUACCUUCGUAUCUAAAGGAUACCAAACAAAUCUUACUACUGUUAGAGAACCUGAUAGUACCUCCAUAUACACUUAUUGCCAGCCUUGACGUGGUCUUGCUGUAUAACAAUAUACCACAUGAUGUCGGUUUAAAAGCUACGACAUAUUUACUGGAAAAAUCAAAAAAUUUAAAACAUCACAGAAAAUGUUCCUUAGUGAUUAGUUGGAGUUUAUACUUACUCACAACUUUUUUGUGUUUAAUGGUGAGUACUACCUUCAAACUAGGGGCACAGCCAUGGGAACGACAUGUGCCCCUAGCUACGCAAAUUUAUACCUAGGAUUGUGGGAAACCACUAUACUGAUUGAAACAACAACUACAGGGUAUAACCAAUGCAUCUGUAGUUGGCAUCGGUACAUAGAUGAUAUCCUGGUAUUCUGGACAGGCCCAAUCUCUAUAUUUGAAGAACUGGUAUCCCAACUCAAUAUAAACGACAUUGGCUUAAAACUCACCCAUAUAAUCAGGGAGGAUCAUUUGGAAUUCCUUGACCUUACCAUUAGAUUGACACCAGGAGGCGAAAUCGAGACGGAACUAUACAGAAAGCCCACGUCUUGUAAUAACCUCUUGAACUGACAGAGCCACCACCCAUAUAAGUUGAAGGCAGGGAAUUCCAUUGGACAAAACCUGAGAGCCAACUGUUCAAAUGAGGAAAUCUUUCUUGAGGAAGCAAAGACCUUGAGGAAGUGUUUCAAACAACAAGGUUAUCCCAACAGGAUUUUGAAACAGGCUUUUCAAAGGGUCUUAAAAAUGGAUAGGGCAACAUGCCUCAGGAACCAAAGAACUCAACCCAAAAAAAAUAAUAAAAAAUAUUAGAUGCAUAGGAACUUACAAUCAGUUCUGGAACCCGGUUCGUAAAAUCUUUUCGGACAACUGGCCCAUUUUAACUCACGAUAAAGAUGUAGCAAGUAGCAUCCAACAGUUUCCUAGCAUUACUCCUCGACGACCACAAAACAUACGUGACCAACUAGUGCAUAGUCACUUGGAAUCUACACAAUCACCAAAAACAUGGCUCAAACCAACAAAGGGUCUAUACAGAUGUGGACGUUGUAAAGCCUGCAAAUUUAUUACACCAUCUAAAGUUGUGGAAUGCAGUAAUACAAAAAAAUUUAUACUAUAAAAGAUUUUGCAAACUGCAGCACAACAAAAGUCGUUUAUGUAAUAACAUGCAGUUGCAAGCUCCAGUACAUAGGAAAGACGUACCAAGAAUUCAGGAGAAGAAUCCUUCAACAUAUAAAUUCCAUGAAAAAUCAUAACAUCUCCACACCGGUCGCCAAUCACGUCAGAAAUUUCCAUAAUGCUGAUCCGUCGAACCUUACUUCUCAAAUACUAGAACGAGUUCAUGUAAAUACCAGAAAAGGGAAUUUUUAUUUAACUUUACUCAAAAAAGAAUCCAGAUGGAUUCAUCAAUUUAAGACUCUGUCUCCCCAGGGCCUUAAUGAGGAGUUAAAUUGUACACCCUUUAUUCAUAAUUAAUUUCCUUUACUAACGGUUGGAAGGAGGGGAAAAAAAAAACGAAUUACCUUAUUUUCAUUAAAAAAUUUAAUUCUCAGAAACACAUUGUUAGGAAAUAACCAUAUUAAUAGGAAUACACUGGAUAUCUUACUGGUAACAAGGAAUGUCCACUUAAUUGAAUUUAAAUAGAACAAUUCUCACAUCUGGCAUAUUCCUCGGUUGUACAUAUAACAAUAUAAAAGUUCCACAUUUUUAUAACACUAUAUACGUUGGUCUGAAGGUCCAGAGAAUACGUUUGAAUAAAAUUCACUAAAUAGCUACAGCUUUAUCUAUUCAGACAGAAAUAUUCACAGUAGACGAUAUAGGAAGAUUAAAGCUCCCUUUCAGUACAAUUGUGGCACACACUAUAUAUUUUUUGUAAUGAAUCAAUAUAGAGAUACAAAUCAUCCUUUAGGAGAACUAAAAAAAUUUGGUUACUGCCAAAUCCUAGCUAAUGUUGUUUAAAUAGAAACUGGCUUUGAAUGGGUUAAACUUUUUUCUUACUGUAGUUUAGAUACACUGACAUAGAUGCCAUCACUACAUAACAUACGUAUUAGAUAUGAAUUAUUAACAUUCACUCCAAAAGAGUUUUUUUUUCAUAUAUUAGACAAGCAACGAAAGGGUUAAAUAGUUUGCAAAUAAGAGUACGCCCUCCUCUCUCACGAUUGGCAGGCUGGACAAAGUGCUCAGCCAACCAUCGAUGAGUUGCUUGUUUUAAAAAGCAGACACUUACCUGUCUUCAGUUCCCCUCUGAUGAGCGAUCCUGGCGAAACGCGCGCAUCAGGGGCUCAGGACAUCUAAUCGGUAAUUGCCAGAUCUGCACUGACAGAAUACUGACCUGAUGUAUAGACGUCCUGCACAUUUUUAGGGCUCUAGCAGUCCUAAGAUCGACUAUUUACUUUCACUUAUUAAUUUUGAGUGGUGGGCAAUAGACAGAAUAGACAGGGUUUUUUAUUAAGGGGUGCCCUUCGAAGGCACAUGAGAUAAGAAUCUUUCCCCUAAGAACUACAGACCAGCUAAAAGAUAAGCAUUAGCUUACUGAUCUAAGUACCUUGUGUUGCUUAUUUCAAUGUGAACUAUCCAAUGGAAGCUCAGAAAUACAGCAGGUCUGUUCUAUAGAAUAAAACCCGUUUUUUCUUUCACUGAUACAUUUUUCUGAUCUGUCUGCACUAUUCUAUGCAAGAGAUUCAGGUCUAUUUAGAACCAUCCUGACAGAUACUUUAUAAAUCAAAGACUGCUACUUUGUAACCAUUUAAUACACAGCGAGAAAUGUAUCUAUAUUAACAGCACAGAGAUAGGUCUAUCUGCCUUUUGUAACUGCUAAACAAAACAAUAUGAGGAUUGCAUCCUUAGUUAAACUCAGUAUUAAUUAGAACUGCUUUGUAUAACUAAGGGUGACACCUCAUGACUGAUUAUCUUGUACAGUAAUUUGAUUGAUAUUGGUUAAAUAUACUCUACUUUGUAAAUAGGAUCUGUACUGGUAUCUUACAGACACAUUUGUGACUACUGACCCUAUUUUAAUAUUGCUUGUCACACUUGUUUUAUUUUAUGUAUUAACAUAUUAAAAGUUAAGUUUUAUUAAUAGACAUAGAAAGACUUAAUUUCAAUAAAAAAUAAAUUUUUUCCUAACCUAUGGUGACACCUAUUGGUAGUUUUUUGUUACUACAUAUUUUUUAUUUUUGUUUUAUCUCCAAUUCUCUCGCUGUUUCAGAUCUUUGUGAUCUAAGUUUCCCAUAGGAAAGAAUUUGGAGGAUAUUGCACAUGCGCAGGGAAAAACUGCUGUGUGUCUCCUCAUAGAGAUGCAUUGAAUCAAAGUUCAGUGUCUCCAUGCAGUCACUGUGCAGCACUGACCUAGGAUUUUCUAGUGGCCAUUUGAGUAAUUACCACUAGAGGUGUUACUAGGCAGCAAUGUUAACACUGCCUUUUCUCUGAAAAACUACAUUACGCUGUAGUGGUUCUGGUGACCCUUUAAGAAUUGCAUUUUUCCUGUUGAAAAUAAAACUUUGUUAGUUUAAAAAAAACCUGUCUCUUAACUUUUUUAGCUGGCUCCUGGAUUCCAAACACGUUUUUUGUCAAGCCCUGCCUUAGUUGUCCUUUAAAGAAAGACACUUUGGGAGUAUGUCAUGAUAAACAAUUAAUAAUAAAGCUUGUUUUUGUUUUUGUAUUGUUAUUAUGAUUCUAUAUAUCAGGUAUUCAUAUGUUCUGUUGCUUCAUCAGUCAAUAUUGUCAGUUUCCUUGUGUAGGGACACAUUCUUAUUGAAAAGCUAUAAAGCAUAAUUUAUUAGUUUGUAUGAGAAGGAGGGUGUAGUGCUUCACACUGUUUUAUGCUUUAUGCUUUUUUAGCUUUCACUUCUACCAAAAAUCAGGCACCAAGUUAAUACCUGGGAGAUAGGCUGAAUAAUUAUGGGCCCAUAACAGGCAAUCCUGCAUUAAAAUACUUCUAUUUACCUACUAUUUAUGUCCUUAUUUUAGAGUAUGUAACAUGGUGUAACAUAUAUUUUCACUUUACACAUUUACCUGCUGAUUUGGCAAUGCUGUGGAAUGUGUUGUUGCCUUAUUACAUUAUAAUAGUUUUCAUAGCUCUCGUCUUGCUUGUUCUUAGGAAAGAAGAAGUGUAAGUGUCCAGGUCUCGGCAUUUUCUACACUAUCCUGUCUACCUUUUUCUUCUCAUCUAGCGCUCUACUAGUGAAGAAAAUAGAAGGCUUGCACUCAGUUGAAAUCAGUGCAAUUCGCUGUGUUUUCCAGAUGCUUUUUGUUCUCCCCGGUUUGGUUUAUUACAAGUAAGUUGAAAACAGGACAAAGUUUCUAUUAUCCUCCUUCCCCAGCCCUUCUGUGUGCCUCAUGUUUCCUUCCUCAACCCCUCUGUGUGUCUCUCUUUUCCUCUCAGACCCUUUUAUGUGUCUCUCCUUUCCUAGCCCUUUUUGUGUGUUUUUUUUACUACCCCUCUCCCCUUUGUAGUCUCUUACCCCUUUCCCAUUUGCAGUGUGUGCUUACCUUCAUGUAAUGUGGCUGAGUGGUCAGCAGUAGAAGAUCUUUCUGUAUUCUCUACUUGGUCUGAAAGGAAGCUGCUUGCUGAGGGCACUGAAAAACUUCCUGUCAGACCGGGUAAAGGAUACAGAAGAUCCUCUACUGUGGUCCACUAAGCCACAUUACAUGAAGUGACCGGAACCCUCUUAUGGUUGCACUGGCCUUGGGUGCAUGUUGUUGCAGAAUAGGCUGUAUAGAUUGAGCAAUUCACUAAAAUUGAAUGGGUGAGAUUGGGUAGAGCUCCACUUAACCAAAGAAUUAGGUAUUGAUACUUCAGUAGUGGGAAACUAAUAGAAACCAUGUUAAAGGAUAGGGUUGUUGAGCAUCAAGAUCAGAGACAACAUGGGUUUACUUCAGGGAGAUCAUGCCAAACAAAUCGUAUUGAUUUUAUUGAUUGUGUAACUAAAAUAAAAGAUCAGGGUGGUACAGUAGACAUUGCUUACCUAGAUUUCAGUAAGGCUUUUGACACUGUUGCACAUAGAAGGCUUAUCAAUAAACUGCAAUCUUUGAGCUCCGACUCCAAUAUUGUUGAAUGGGUGAGGCAGUGGCUGAGUGACAGGCAACAGAGGGUUGUAGUCCAUGGAGUAUAUUCGAAGCAUAGUCUUGUCACCAGUGGGGUACCUCAGGGACCCAUUCUCUUUAAUAUUUUUAUUAGUGAUAUUGCAGAAGGUCUUGAUGUUUAGGUAUGUCAUUUUGCUGAUGGUACAAAGAUUUGCAACAGGGUUGAUGUUCCAGGAAGGAUAAGCCAAAUGGCAAAUGAUUUAGGUAAACUAGAAAAAUGGUCAGAGCUGUGGCAAUUGAAAUUUUAUGUGGAUAAGAGCAAAUUAAUGCAUCUUGGGCGUAAAAACCCAAGGGCAGCAAAUAGAAUAUUUGAUACAGUCCUCACCUCAACACUGGUGGAAAGGGAUUCAGGGGUAAUUAUUUCAAAUGACUUAAAGGUAGACAGACAAUGUAAUAGAGCAGCAGGAAAUGCUAGCAGAAUGCUUGGUUGUAUAGGGAGAGGUAUUAGCAGUAGAAAGAGGGAAGUGCUCAUGCCAUUGUACAGAACACUGGUGAGACCUCACUUGGAGUAUUGUACACAGCACUGGAAACCAUAUCUCCAGAAGGAUAUUAAUACUUUAGAGAGAGUUCAGAGAAUGGUUACAAAAUUGGUUAAUGGAUUGGUACCAGGAAAGAUUAAAGUAUCUUAACAUGUAUAGUUUGGAGGAAAGAUGAGAAACAUUUAAAUGCAUAAAGGGAAUCAACACAGUAAAUGGGGAGACUAUAUUUAAAAGAAGAAAAAAUACCACAACAAGAGGACAUAGUCUUAAAUUAGAGGGGCAAAGGGUUAAACAUAUCAGGAAGUAUUACUUUACUGAUAGGGUAGUAUACUCAUGGAACAGUCUUCCAGCUGAAGUGGUAGAGGUUAACACAAUGAGGGAGUUAAGCCCAUGUGGGAUAGGCAUAAGGCUAUCCUAGCUAUAAGAUAAGGCCAGGGACUAAUGAAAGUAUUUAGAAACUUGGGCAGACUAGAUGGGCCGAAUGGUUCUUAUCUGCCGUCACAUUCUAUGUUUCUAUGUUCAGAGAAUGGAGCCUAUCCCUGAAACCCAGAUGCUGUUUACUUAUUUUUUCUCUUUUCAUCUACAGGGUUGGUUUUCUGGGACCUAAAGAUCAGCGGAUUUUUCUUUUUCUGCGAGGAUUUCUUGGCUCCAGUGCAAUGAUCUUGCUCUAUUAUGCUGUUCAGUCAAUGCCUCUUGCCGAUGCCACUGUGAUUACCUUCAGUAGCCCAGCCUUCACUUGCAUUUUUGCCUGCCUCUUACUCAAGGAGAAAUGCACUGUGUGGGAUAUUAUUUUCAUUUUAUUUACAAUUACAGGAGUUGUACUCAUAGCAAGGCCUCCGUUUUUAUUUGGAGCACGCAUUGAAGGCCUUGAGGAGGAUUACUCAGACCAUUUGAAGGGCACAAUAGCAGCUAUUUGCAGUGCUGUGGGAGCUUCAUUAACCCUGGUUGUCCUGAGAAAAAUGGGAAAGUCUGUACAUUACCUGCUCUCAAUAUGGUAUUAUGCCAUUAUUGGUCUCAUUGAGUGUGUAAUUGCCCUCUUCGCACUUGGAGAAUGGAGAUUACCUUCUUGUGGAUUAGACCGAUUUCUCCUAAUUUGUAUAGGCCUUUUAGGCUUGGGAGGGCAAGCCUUUCUUGUAAAAGCUCUACAAAUUGAGAAGGCCGGGCCUGUGUCUAUCAUGAGAACGAUGGAUGUAGUUUUUGCGUUCAUAUUCCAAGCUUUAUUUCUUAACCAUACUCCAACGCUGUUGACAGUGGGAGGAGCUUUGUGUAUUGUUGCAAGCACAGCAGGAACUGCUAUUUUAAAGUGGUACAAUAGCUCCAAAAAAGCAAAACAAAGCCAAUUGUAGCCAAUAGAUGUCAUUCACUGAGGAGGGCCACAUUGUCCUCGCUUUCUUCUAUUUAUAUAUUUUUUGUGUUAACUGUAGAGAAACAAUGUGUACUUUUUUAGUGCACUUUGUUAAGUGACGUUUAGAUGGUAUUCUGCUUGGGUGCACACCCUUAUACAAUGUGCUGCACACGCCUCUACAAGGCAACCAAAUGCGUUUAGUUUUUAUACUACAACUGACUUAAUAAGAAUGAUGAAAAAUCAAGUACUGUAUGUAGAUUAGAAACAGAAAAAUGAUUAUUUAUUGCCUCUAUAGAUGAGCAAACAUGUUGUGGUUCGAAAUUAGUUUAUAAAUAUAUAUUUACAUACAUUUUUAAUCUUAAUCUUUUUUAAUGAUAACAAUGGUAUUUAUUUUUUUAAAGUGACAAAACUAAAACAUAAUGCAGGGUUUACAGUGCAAGACAGGGUAUUUUUGUACAAAUUCUUAGCAUUAACACUUUGCUCAUCUCUUGAGUUCUAUGCUUUUAUAGGUGCUGGUUGCAUACCUAGAAAAUAUUUCUGUUUUUCUUGCUUGUAGUUACCUUUCCCUGGAUAAGGGAGGAAACACUUCUUGGUACCAAUGAAUGGAUUGCCACGAAGGGUGUAAGAGUUCCUCAACUAAAACUGCCCAUAGUUCUCAUUUUGGGGGUUCAGCAGGAAUGAUUAUAUAAGCAGAACUACAUGUUCUUCCAGUUUGCUUAUACCUUAAGCAGUGACAUCUCCACUGCCAAAUCAUUAACUCCAAGAAAAUCAGAAAUUUUCCAGGUUUGACAGCAUUUUCAGAAAUGACCAUAGAAUUGGGAUGAGCAACUACUGUUCUUGAUUUACAUAUGUCCCUCUUACUAAAGAUCACAAGUGGACAAGCACUUGCAACUAAUUUAAAGCACUUUUUAUUUACUUCUUCUAGUAGAGUUAAUUCAACAAAUUUGAUUUUAUUUUUAAUAAUUUUGCACAUUACUAAGAGGCAAUUUAAAUGUCAGCGGGGCUCAACCCCAGUUAAAAAGACGCCAACUUGAUGUUGGAGGAUUUUAGUAUAAUUUAUUACAUAUUCAUGUUCAUUUGUGCUGUUGCAGACAUUUAAUUAUUUAGAACAUCUAUGGCAAAGGUGCAAUAAUAUUUAUGAGGCCAGUGUUGACCACAAUAAGAUUGACAAUUUGUAGCCUUUUUACCCAGCAGCUGGGAAGCACUUAUUUUAUUACUCAUAGCAAGCUAGCUCAGUUCUGGUUUGUUCCUGUAUGUGACAGACUGUAACUUUAAAGGGAUACUAUAAGUGCCAGGAAUACAAAGCUGUAUUCCUGGCACUAUAGCCCUAUUGUCUCCCCUUCCCUCUUGUGCCUCCUCCCCGGUGAAUAAAGGUUAUAACCCCUUUUUUUUUACUUAUCUUACACCAACGCCGAUGUCCCUCGGCAUUGGCUCGCGGCUCUUCCUCCUUUUCUAUCCUGAGACGAGCGUGCGCUUAUGUGCACACGCAGCAAAUGCUGCACGGCAUUAGACCUCCCCAUGAGAAAGCAUUGAAUCAGUGCUUUUCUAUGGGGAACAAUCUGAUGCUCGAUGUCCUCAUAUAGAGCGUGAGGGCAUCCAGCAUCAGAUACCGGACCAAAGGUCCAUUUGGAUGCAGGAAGCAUCUCCAGUGACUUUCUGAGAGACAACCAUUGGAAGCAGACUUAGUGCUACAAUGUAAACAUUGGAGUUUCUCUGGAAUUGCAAUAUGGACACCACCCAGACCACUUAAAUGAGCUGUAAUGGUCUGAUUGCCCCUUUAAGAAAUUUGCAGGAUUGUUUAGCAUGUAGCAGAUUUUUUUUCUCUAGGCCACAUUGUACUUCUGAAUAUUGCAGUUCCACAUGUAUAUAUCAUUCACUUUAAAAGUACAG